CGCUGAAGCAAAUCUGCUCCUCUAUCAGUGCAAUAUUGCGGUCACCAUGCGAGUCUUACUUUUGUUAUGUUUGCUGGCCCCUCUUGGAGUUUUAUGCCGACAUCUGAGCCGUGGAGACGAGAGAGUCCCAGAAUUCAGGCUCAGACGACUUCAUCAUCCUUAUUCUAUAUAUCAAGACGCCAGGCACGGAAGACGUCAAAACCCUAAUUUUCCUGCUUUGCUCAAGAUGUUGACGACGAUAUUUCAAGAAACCAGGCACGAAAGACGUCGAAACCCUAAUUUUCCUGCUUUGCUCAAGAUGCUGACGACGAAUGAACGUGAUUUUGCGACGUGGCUUGUGCAGAAUAAGACUGCUCUGGGAGAAUUUGUAGCAUCGACGGCGGAAGCGGUCAUGAAUCCGAAUCAUAAACCCGCGGUCGAUCCUGCACAAAGUGCACAAGCUUUACUUUAUGAAGCUAUGAAAAACCUGUCCCCCGAACCUACUACAUCAACGACCGUUAUACCCCCCCAUGUUAUCUCCCUUCUUGCCCCCCUAGCUAAAAAGGCUGCAGUUGAGGCGGCACAUGAAGCGAUGAAAGACGACCCAGAUAGAUGGGUUGCGGAGAAUCCAGCAGUGCAAGCCGCAAUAGACGCAGCGUUAGACCAAGUCAUACAAGAGACAUUAGACGCAGCCGGCUAAAGACUCCACCACUCCAAUUACUAAUAACCUCCACAUAAGAUGAUUUAAUUGGUUAAAUAAUAAAUGAAUAUAUUAAAAUAA